GUCGACGCCACGCCGACCUCGUGACUGACACCAGAUCCGACCAAUAGCAGCCGGAAUCCCCACUCCUUACGCAGCUCACUGGCCAAUCAGAACGCGGGUGGGCGGGAUCACCGUGGGCCUGGCAUUCAGGUUUGGUUGCAAAGAAAGCCCUUACCGGCGGUGUGAGCUGCCUAACUGCCUAGCUGAGGACACACCAGGACGGAUACCAUAUCCUACCACACCUCUUCUUCCCCAGGCAGCCUCCUCGACUCUUGGAUACUUGUUCGGGAACUAUUUGUUAGCGGUCAACUUUUUGUUUUAUUCAUUACCUUUUUAAACGGAAUGGAUUUUGAAAAGACCUAACCUGGAUGCUUCGCUGUACGAGUGUUGAUAAGAGUCUGCUGCUGGAGUUUGCCAACUUUUGAGAAGUCUUUCCAGAGGGGGAACUAACUUUAAAAGCCAACAUGGAUCAAGCAAGCGGUGGGGAAGACCCGAAUAAGUCCUCCAAGAAGAAAUCCAACGAGGACGAGGGUAAAAACAAAAAGCUGAACAUACACAUAAAAACAUUGGCCGAUGAUAUGCGCGAUCGUAUCACCAGCUUCAGGAAAACAGGGAUGAAGAAGGAGAAGCCCCUUAUACAGCAUCCAACAGACCCCCUCUCUACCCAGACUGAGCUACCAGUUCCUCAGCCCCUCUUUGACGACCGCUCCAUGAACCUCUCAGAAAAGGAGAUCAUUGACCUCUUCGAGAAGAUGAUGGAGGACAUGAACCUGAAUGAGGAACGCAAAGCCCCUCUGCGUGGGAAGGACUUGAGCACCAAACGUGAGAUGGUGGUCCAGUACAUCUCAGCCACUGCCAAAUCUAUAACUGGGAGCAAAGUUGCGGGUGGACUAAGGAACAGCAAGCAUGAGUGUACACUUUCAUCCCAAGAAUACGUCCAUGAGCUGCGUUCUGGCAUCACAGAAGAAAAGCUGCUCAAUUGCCUGGAGUCCCUCAGAGUGUCUCUCACCAGUAACCCUGUCAGUUGGGUUAACAACUUCGGCCAUGAGGGUCUCGGUCUUCUUCUGGAUGCUUUGGAGAAGCUGCUGGACAAAAAACAGCAAGAGAUUAUUGAUAAACGGAACCAGCAUAAACUCAUCCAGUGCUUGAAGGCUUUCAUGAACAACAAGUAUGGACUGCAAAGGAUCUUGGGAGAUGAGCGGAGCCUGUUGCUGUUGGCACGGGCAAUUGACCCCAAACAGACCAACAUGAUGACCGAGAUUGUCAAAAUUCUCUCAGCUUUCUGUAUUAUUGGAGAGGAAAACAUCCUGGAUAAGAUUCUAGCUGCCAUGACAAUUGCUGCAGAGAGGAACAAUAAAGAGAGAUUUGCUCCAAUUGUGGAAGGACUGGAGAACCACGAAGCCCAGCAGCUCCAGGUUGCCUGCAUGCAGCUGAUCAACGCCCUGGUCACCUCCCCCGAUGACCUCGACUUCCGGAUACAUUUACGCAAUGAGUUCUUGAGAUGUGGCCUGAAGAAGAUCCUACCUGAGCUAAAAGAGACAGAGGAGCUCGACAUCCAGCUCAAGGUGUUCAAUGAGAACAAGGAGGAGGACUCCAUUGAACUCUCCCAUCGCCUGGAUGACAUCCGCGCUGAGAUGGAUGAUAUGAAUGAAGUGUACCAUCUCCUGUCCAAUAUGGUGAAAGACACGGGCUCGGAGGCCUACUUCCUCUCGGUCCUGCAGCACCUUCUGCUCAUCAGGAAUGACUAUUACAUCAGGCCUCAGUAUUACAAGGUGAUAGAGGAGUGCGUGUCUCAGGUGGUCCUGCAUCGCAAUGGGAUGGACCCUGACUUUGGCUACAGUAGACGACUGGAUGUGGACUUCACUCAUCUGAUUGAUCAGUGUGUGGAUAAAGCCAAAGUUGAAGAGAGUGAGCAGAAGGCUGCGGAGUUCUCCAAAAAGUUUGAUGAGGAGUUCAGUGCGCGGCAGGAGGCCCAGGCCGAGUCUCAGAAGAAGGAAGAGAGAAUCAAAGAGUUGGAGGGGAAGAUCCAGGCCCUGGAGUCCCAGUUAACUAUUGAAAAAGAAAACCUCAAAGAGGCUCAGAGACUCAUCAGGGAAUCUGAAGCCAAGAUUGCGGCGGGUCCAACUGCGCCCGGAGUACCACCUCCUCCACCCUUACCAGGGGGUGCUGCACCACCACCUCCCCCACCACCUCCUCCGCCACCUCCACCUGGUGGCGGUCCUCCUCCUCCUCCCCCUCCUCCACCUCUUCCUGGCCACGCAGGCAUUCCACCCCCACCACCUCCUCCAGGUGGAGGACCCCCACCUCCCCCACCACCCCCUGGUUGUGGGCCCCCACCUCCUCCACCCUUCCCCGGAGGCCUAGGUGGGCCUCCGCCACCUCCUGCAAUGCCUGUCAUCAAGCUGCCUUACGGACUGGAGCCCAAGAAGACCUACAAGCCUGAAACUGUGAUGAAGAGGGUGAACUGGACCAAGAUAGUGCCUCAGGAAAUGGCAGAGAAUUGCUUCUGGAUCAAAGUCAAAGAAGAGAAGUUUGAGAGUCCUGACCUAUUUGCUCAGCUCUCCCUCUGCUUCUCCUCGCAGAGCAAAGUGAGAAAAGAUGUGAAAGAUGAGACGGAUGACAGAAUGCAACAGUUCAAGAAAAAGGCAAAAGAGCUCCGCAUCCUGGACGCCAAAACAGCUCAGAAUCUUUCAAUUUUCUUGGGCUCGUUCCGCCUGCCUUAUGAAGAGAUCCGGGACAUUGUGCUGGAGGUAGACGAGGAAAGACUGAGCGAAUCACUCAUCCAGAACCUGAUAAAGAACCUGCCAGAGCAGAAAGAGCUGAAUGCGCUAGCGGAACUAAAGGGUGAAUAUGAAGAGCUAGUGGAGUCGGAGCAGUUUGGCAUUGUGAUGAGUUCAGUCAAACUCCUACGACCACGUCUCAACGGUAUUCUGUUCAAGCUGACAUUUGAGGAGCAGGUGAACAACAUCCGGCCGGACAUCAUGAAUGUGACAUUUGCCUGCGAGGAGGUGAAGAAGAGUGAAGGCUUCAGCAAACUGCUGGAGUUGGUGUUGCUGGUCGGAAAUUACAUGAACGCUGGCUCAAGGAAUGCCCAGACGUUUGGUUUCAACAUCAGCUUCCUCUGCAAGCUCCGAGACACAAAAUCCAUCAGUCAGAACACAACACUUCUUCAUUUCCUGGCUGAGAAGUGUGAAGACAAUUACCAAGAGAUUUUGAGGUUUCCAGAUGAACUGGAGCAUGUGGAGAAUGCCAGCAGAGUGUCUGCUGAGAUCUUAAAAAGCAGUUUGACUACCAUGGAACGUCAAAUUCAGAGGCUUGAGAACGACAUCGAGAACUUCCCUAAAACGGACGACCAACAAGAUAAGUUUGUGGAAAAGAUGUCAGGCUUCUCCAAGCAUGCCCGGGAGCAGUAUGAGAAGCUGUCCACGAUGCACAAGAACAUGCAAAAGCUCUACGAGAGCAUUGGCAGCUUUUUUGCCUUUGACCCUCACUCGGUCAGUGUGGAGGAUUUCUUCGGAGAACUGGCCAACUUCCGCAUGCUCUUCAUGGAAGCAGUGAAGGAGAACCACAAGAAGAGGGAGAUGGAGGAGAAGAUCAAGAGAGCCAAGCUGGCGAAGGAGAAAGCAGAGCGGGAGAAGCAGGAGCGCCAGCAGAAGAAGAAGCAGCUGAUUGACAUGAACAAAGAGGGAGAUGAAACCGGCGUGAUGGAUAGCUUAAUGGAAGCUCUACAGUCUGGAGCAGCCUUCCGUGAUCGGCGAAAACGGACACCACGCAACGGUGAUCAAAGCCCUUCCAGUCCAUCCUCUCGGUGGCCGGGUGCUAACUAUGGUAACAGAACUCUAGACAACCGCCGCGCAGUCCUGGAAAGGUCUCGUUCACGCCACAACGCAAAUCACCAAGCUCGAUGAUCGCCCGCGCCUACCACAAGACGCUAGAUAAGUGCCAAAGAGGCCUGCUGGGUGGAGACCUGGAAGACAUCUGAAGGAGGGACGGACCACCCCUGACUGUAGCGCGCUCACACACACAUAAAAAGCACUCACUCAUUCAUACACACACACACACACACACACACACACACACAGAGCACCAAGUACGAAACAAAACAGCCUAAAGAAUCCACACAGAACUGAAGCAUCUACAGUACAUCACACAGAGACAUUGAAUUUUCAAGCUGGUCAUCUGACGCCUUACAUAUUUAUUCGACACUUUCUCAUCACUCCAAAUGUUCACGUUCUCUCUCCAUGGUUUUGAUUUACAAAAAGAGAAGAAAAAAAAAAUCAAAUUUUUAAGGCUGCUGCUGUUUUUAAAGAACGCUUUUCUUUGCUUGGAAAUCCAUUUUUCUUGCGAGUCUGAGGCUUCUACUAAUCCUUUAUAAAAAUCAAAAUACUGAAGUUCACACACAGUUUUGACAUGAAACAUGCAGUGUUUUGAAAAUAGACGUUAUGCCGAGAAGGACUGCACCAUAGUGUACGCUUCAUCGUGCUGAAAAACAUACCACACACAUACCGCAUUCAGCACAGGGGCAGCGGGCCAGCUGUCCUUUAAAUGCAAGACGGGGAUUCAACGCUCACAUUGGCAAGCCAACAACCUGCCGACGCUUUCUUCAACAAGUCACUGAACUCUUCACGGAAGAGGGAGUGGUUGCUGAGCAUGUUUUUCUUUUUUUUUCUGUCAGUUUCUCUUUCAACCAACAUGAAGACAGUUUUUACUUUACAAAGAGUCCACAUGAAUCAUUUCAUUUCAUUACAUAUCCCACAAAGCCACAAAGAGCCGGCCCCCUGUCUGUGCUGAUAUUUCAGAGCAUGUGACUCAUGGAUCCUGAAACUGUAAUCUCCAUUUUGACAGGAUGCAUUUUAUUUUUAGUUGUGUAAUAUCUAACCGAUGCCUCUGGGUGCUGAUCUCUGUCCCAAGGUCGCUUUUGCUGUUAACAUGAGAGACUGACACAUUUCUAAAUGCAUAUAACUGCCGAGAGCAGCGAACACGACCCUUUGACCUUUUUUUCCAGGUUUCCAGUGGGGGAAGCUUGGCUGUACAGAGGUAUUACAGUGUUUUCAAUAUUAAUCUGUGUAUUUUGUUUUUUAAAUAUGAAGGCUCUAAAAAUAUGUCCAGAUGUUACUUGUGUUGGAGGCCAAGGGUGAAAACUCUACUUAGAAUUCCUGCAGCAGAUUUUCCACUCCCCCCCCCCCCCGUUUUCAAAAAAUACAUAAAUAAAAAUAAGCUCUGUAGGAAAACUAAGACACAUUUUGUUCAACAAAAUAACAUUUUAAAAAUACAUAUUUAAUAUUAACAGGACUAAGCAUCUUCAAAAAUACCAGCUGAGAUUUCAGUGGGUAAAUUUAUAUUGUAGAAUGUAUUUUAUUCAUAAUGAUGAAGCUUUCAGCAUCAAAACAAACACCAGGGGCCAGAUGGAUAAAUGAUGCAUACACACUCACUAUGGUGUUGAUAGUGGAAGGAAUGUGCAGUGAGACUGUGUGUACCUUCAUGCCGAGUUCACAUUACACGAUAUCAGCCCGAUUAUAGCUUGAGGCAGCGUUGUACGCGAUAAUCCAUCGUUUCAUCUUGUUUAGUGUGUCAUAGUUAACAACAACCAACGCCACAUCUGGGAUGCCUCACGACGUUCCAAGAGAAAGUCUAGCAUGUUUGAUUUUCUUUUUGGCGUUCACAACUUCUACCGUCACAGCCGUCAAUUGGACCAAUAGGAACACAGAACAAUCAAUCAACAAUCAAUUUCAAGCUCAACACGUUCAAAUUAAAAGCCCAUUUUAACUUUGGUUGAGAGAAUCCCUUCAUUUUCCUAAGAAGGCUUUUAUUGUGAAACAUUUGCGGUAAGUUGUGGAGGAUUCAGUGACUUGCACAGUUAGCAUACGGUACUUCAAAUGUAGCUCCUGCCAUCUGGAGGCAUUUUUUACAUUAGGCUAUAGUGACUGAAAUAGUAAUAGUCAUAAGAAUAGGGCAAGAAUAACCAGAUGAUAUCACACACUUGGUGAAAGAAGACAUCUUGGACCAGUCUGUCACAGCACCAUUUUAUGACUCCACAAUCGCCUAAUCGGAUGUGGCGACCAUCGGUACGGACAGGAAUGUCGUGUAGUGUGAGCCAGGCAGAACAUAUACAUCAGACCAGGCGCACAAUUUUAGCUCAGAUCGCUGCGUGUGAAAAGAUGAGGAGGAGGUUGAUUAAAAGUUAAGAGUCAGAUAACAUUGCUUUUAGGUUAAAACGUCAAUAAAAGGUGUAAUUAUUAAUUCAGUUUUAAUUUAUUCAUAGGUGAUGAAUUUCAUCGCUUCUUAUUUACAUUUAAACCAUCAUCCUCCUGUUAAUGAUCGCUUAAUUUCAUCCAGGAUUGUGCAGCUCUUUGUGAAGUCACUUUCAGCACGAGUACUAUAAAUGAAUCAUUGAUCAUCUUUCUGACGUUUAAUAAUAAUGAUGAUUAAGAUUUUACUGCGAUAAUGGUUUGCAGGAACAUGUGAUGAAUUAGUGAUACGGACGCCACAAAUAUCCACAGUGGUGCGUACUGACAGCUGCUUCGGCCCCAGUGGAGAAACCUGCCGCUGCGACACAGUCAGUGAAAUUGCACUUUUCUUUGUUGUAUUUCUCACUGACAGGUCUAAUAAGCAGUGGAGCGGGCACAAGUAUCGACGUGCAAAUUGUGUUUGAGGGUGUUUUUCCCUCCGUUAUUGGUGAACUGAAGGUGUGGGAAUGAGGCGCUGGGCUCCACAGUCAUUGGGAAUAAUUAAACAGAAACAUGCACAUUUACUGUCUUUGUGUGAACACACAGUUUUAGUGAGUCCACUCAGAGUUUAUGCAUCUGGCCCCACAUGUUUGGUGUCCAUGAAUAAAAUAGUUGAAACUUUGCUGUGAGCUUUGUUCCUCUGUAAGGACCCACUGUCACAGUUUCUUCAUGUGAACUAUUUAUUCAUAUAUUCAUGCCCAGGGCGUCCCUGUCCCCUCACUGCCCUAAACUGUAAGCAGAUGCUACUAAAAACAACCGUCGAAUCCACACGGAGAGUGGGCACCACCAGAAUAAUCGACUAAGGGGCACAGAAGACAUGAUGCUUGUCUUAGCAAGUGAGUCUCCAAACACCCUCCAAUUCCCCAGCACUAAUGGCAUAAGUGACCCUUUUUACCAUAACACGAGUUACUUUAGUAAUACCAUAACUCUGCUUUAGGCUCUGUGUGUCUGUGUGUUUGUGUCUGGGCAAGUGUGUGUGCGCCAUGCCAGCUCAGUAAUCGGAACAGGAACCCAGGCAAAAUAGGAUUCAGUGUGCUUGACUCCUGGGCUGAAUAGAUGGAGAUUUUUCAUUUAAACAAUCUGCCAGUGCUGCUUGUGAUGUGUCUGUUUCAUGAUACCUCCUCUCCCAGUCUGCAUGCUUCUAAAAAUGCAAUUUUACACAUCAUCUCGGCUCAAGGUGCAUCCACAAUGCUCUGAGAAGUCUGCAUAUUUAAGAAGACAAUAAUUCUCCUGUGAAUAUAAGGUUCGAGCAGUUGCACGGAGAGAGCAUAGUGAAUGAGGUUUCCACAUAAGGGAUUCUGCGUGCAUAGGAGUUUUAAGGGUGUGUUGUUGUAUACAGCAGAGAUAGAGAUGUGCCAUCACAGGCAGUGAUUUCCUUUUCCUAAUCGCGACUUACCCUCUGUCCUCGACACCACCAGGCCUGUACAGUUCAAAAUAUUAUUUAUCAGAUCGACACCGAUGCCUGCCGAGACAUUUGGUGUGUUUUUUUUUUGUUUUGUUUUGUUUUUUACCUUUUGAUUGGACACUGUACACGCCAAAAUAACCUGUGGUUUGGGGUUGACAAUUUGAGAGAAAACUUUUCUUAAUUAUUUAAUCAAAUUAGAAUUUUUUUAACAUGUGCCAACUUUUUGUGGGAGGAGCGGACAGAAAAUUUGUGUUUUGUUUUUUUUUUAUUUUGUGUUGUAUAUUAAAGGGAGUACAGGUAUCUUUUUUGUCGAAAUAUAAAAAAAGAUUGUAACGACAUAAAAGAUAGAUUUCUUUUUAUUUUAUUUGAACCAUUGUUUAAUAGACUGAUCUGAUUAAGAGCUGUCAUUUAAAGUAGGAGAUUUUGAUGUGAUUACAAAAUGAUAGUCAUGUGGUAUUUCUUAUCGAAAACACUCAAAAAUCUUUUUGCAAGAUGUAAUUUAUUUGGAGUUUUUAAAAAAAAAAUUGUCAUGAUGCCAUUGUAGAACAUAACAAGCUACGGUGUUAGCUAUUGUAGAAGUUUCAGAUUAUCUGUCUUUCCUGCAGCAGUGAUCACUCAGCAAUUGACGCAACCCUAAACUAAGUAGGUAAGAUACAUCAUAAAAGUUUCUGGAUUGUUGCCAUACAAUAGACCCUUUUGGUGCCAACGUCAUUUUAUUAGCUGGAGGCAAAACAUGACUCCACAGGGCUGUAGGCUACACAGGGGUCUUAAAAUGUCGUCUUGUUGUGUUAUUGGGAGCCAGAAUAGAAGAAGUCAUGGCUCAAACUUAAACUUAGUCUCAUACCAGUGGCCACUGUUGACCACCAUCAACAAGACAAGGACAACUAUGGUUAAAUGCGAUAAGACAAAAGGACUAGACAGGGGCGAUCACCAAAAAUGCUCACGUGCAGCGCACACUUCAUAUCAGGUUAGGGGAAAAAGUAUUUCCUGUUGCAAGGAUGAAUAACGUUAUGUGUAUUAAGGGUUAUCAUGUCCACCUCAUGAGAAAUUGGGGAGGUAUUAAAUCAUUGGAUUUCUCCGUAAUGCUAACUUUUUAGUGCAUUAGCUAUCGUUGGCUUUGAUAGCAAACAAAAUGGAGGAAACUGUUCAAGUGUCGUCUUCCUUUGUAAGAUUGGCAUAGUAAUCAACCACAAAGCCAGCCAUCCUACCUUCAGCAGUCCUUCAUCCACUGAGUGAGAGCAUACGGGUCGGCCAGUCUGGUCCCUUUGGUGUUGCAGUCCUGGAGAGUUAAUGACCCGAUAUGGUGAGCCCUGUUUGAGUAAGAAACAGAGCGUUAUAUUUUUACUUGAAUUAACAAACAUUCACUCCGCUCGGCGCUCUGCUGCUCCGUCUCCCUAGACACUGACUCUGCCACUCCGAGAGUGUGUUGCUCUGAAUAACCCAACGGUACAUUCUUAUAGCGCUCCGCAUUUACGCACAGUCUUGUUUGCGCCCGGGCAUUUGGAAUGAGUAUCCCCAAAGGCACCACACACGUCUUCCUCCACUGUAUGAAACAAGCCAACAGAACUUGCUAGCUAUCGUCUGUGGAGAGUUGUUUUGCCUCCAGCUAAGCCCCGCCCACCAGAAAACAUGAUACUAUUUACUAACAUUUAAAGGGUCUAUGGAUGAAAUGGCUGGAAAGCAAAGCAGUGGCUAAAGUUAUUUUUCCCACAAUAAAAGCAGCUACAGUACAGACAACUUAAGAUUAAGAGAAACUUCUACAAUGACAACAUUUCUCAUCAUCCCUCUCAGUGAUUGUUGUACCCCUCCCCUCCUAAUUCCAUAUUUUAGAAUAAUCAGAGUUAUGUGUUUAUAUAGAAAAUAGCAGGAGAGUCUCGGGUCAAAGACCCUGAUUGUUCCAUCAUGUUAGUGUGAAAACAGGCCUCUACAUGUUGGGCCGAUCAUCCCAUUGUCUUUAGCUUGUGACUAACAAACCUGAUGCAGUGAUAUCACUUGUGCUCAUGGUAAUUGUAAGAAAGAGGAGGCAGGGGUAUGUUUGAAAGAUUUAUCCGGAAAAAAAAAAAAAAAAAGUAUCAGGUGCCGUUUUGGUGUUGAUUGGUGGCAAACGCUUUAAUUAAAAGUAGAAGUUUGUGGUCUAACUCACACUCACACUCACACUCACGGACUGUGCACUUUACCUCACAAGAUAUUCUGCUCAGGCUGAGGAGGAGUUGUUUGAGAUGCUUGAACACGACAUUGCCACUAACAGAGUGAACUAUUUGCAAAGUAUUUCUUUUGGUAAAUAGUUCCAGCUGCCACAUAUCCAGUUCUUUCCUACUUUGUGAGUGCUUACUAUUGAUUUGUGGAAGACCAAUCGCGGCUGUAUCAACAAACGACGCUCAUAACUGUUGACAAACCCUGUCCGACCAUGAUGUGUAAGCUGCCAUAUCCCUGCCUACCCUCCUUGUUGUCAUUGAGUAUGUUUUAUUGUCUUAAGAAACAUUUAUAUUUGUAACAUUUUAAGUUUAUUUGUAUCCUUAAGAACAUGAAAAAAAAAACAAAAUGGUUAUGCACACUGUCCUUCCAUAGAAUAUGUAAUGGAAUAUGAUACUAAACAAUAACCACUUUGUUAUAUAAACUGAUUUCUGAAAGAUA